AUGGAAUUACUAAAUUAACAUUUACUUAAUUCUAAAAAUGGAAAAUUAUAUUUAAAAGGAAUAUAAAAUUUAAUUUAAUACGAUAUUUUGACUGGUUUCUCAUAAAUUCUUUAUAAUUUUGGUUAAAAUAUAAGUUAUUUUAUAAUUAAAGUCUAUGAUGAUUUUAUAAUUGCUUAAAUUGAAAACAUGAUUUAUUUGAUAAAUAUUUACAUAACUGAAAAUAUCGUAAAAUAAUUAGAUUUUUACAUAAAUAGUUUUGAUUUUAUUAAAAAUGACAAUGUUGUAUAAGCUAAUGGUCCGAAUUCCUUUGUAAUUCUUGAUACUAAGCUGAAUAUUAUUUAACAAAUUUUUAAAUAUUCAAAUCAAUACGACUUAACUUGUUCUAAUUUUAAACUUCAAAUUGCAUGCAUAAAUGGCUUUUUAUCUGAUGAUGAAGGAUUUAUUUUGAUAUAUCAUAAAGUGUCAAAAUUUACUCAAUAUAUACAACUUGGAUAUGGUACUGCAGACUAUUAAGGCUAUUUUGAUUAAGAGUUUGAAAAUAUUUAUAUUUUUAAUAUUGUAAAUUAUAAUACUAAAAUUUACAGUUCUAGUGGAGUUUUGAAGUAGACUUUUGAGAAAAUUAAUAAUGUUUGCAAAGUUUUUACAUAAAAAAUGUUAUGUGAAUCUGAAAAUAAUAGUUUACUUAUAAUUGACAGGCUUAAUUUAGUAAUUGAAAAUUAGAUUAAACAUAUCAGAUACAAAAGUUUUUAGAGCAUAGAAUUUAUUUAAAGCUUAAAUUAUUUAGUAUUUUUGCAAAAAGAUAAUAUCUAAUAAGUUUCUGUAUAUGAUAUUACUGCUAAAAAAGAAAUUAAUUAAAUAAUAAUUAUGAAAUAAACACUUACUAAUAAUAAUUUUAUAAACUAAUUUUAAUCAGAUUAAAUUUUAAGUAAUUAUCUAUCUUAAAACAUAUGA